UGCCAGGUAGGUGCCCAGCCUCUCUGCCCCAGCACCCCUGUCUUCUCAGCCCCAGGGCUACCUGUGGCUUCGCAGGAUGGGGCCACAGGUGCCCUCAGCCCCUCCUGCUCUCUGGGUCCUUGGGUGCCUUGUCCUGUUCCUCUGGCUGUGGACACUGUGUGCCACCUGUCACAGGAAGCCGGUGCAGAGGCAGCAGGCCGGCCCCCGGAGCGAUGUGAUGCCAGCAGAAGCGGUGAGUGUCAGGCUGUCCCUGGGGCCGGGGCGGGGCCACCACAGGACCAAAACCAACCUUCCUUGCCCCCAGUCCCUGCUGAGACGACAACACCUCUGCAACCUCAGUGAGUCGGACACCAGACUGCACCAGCUGCACCCGGGCCCCAGAGGCUGCCGAGGCCCACGGCCUGCCAGCAUGGAUAUCUUGCGCCCACAGUGGCUGGAUGUGUCUAGAAGCACCAGCAGACCUUUGGCAGCCUUCUCACAAUGGGAACUGCCCCGGGCAAUGCCGGCUGCCACCUCACCCUCCAUCUGCCCCGAGGCCACCUAUUCCAAUGUGGGGCUGGCAGCAAUCCCCAGGGCCAGCCUGGCAGCCAGCCCCGUGGUAUGGGCAGGGGCACGGCUGACAACCAGCUAUGUGAGGCCUGGGCCUGAGGCCAGACUGGAGAUGGCUGAGUAUGCUUGUAUCCAGAAGCUCAAGGAAACAGAAGAAGGCACCCAAAGCCUGGGGCAGGGGAAGGCAGAGCUGACCCCAGCUGCCCAGGUUGACAUUCUGUACUCCAGAGUCAAGAAGCCUAAGAAGAGGGACCCAGGACCUGCCCCAGACCAGCUGGACCCCAAAGGGAGGGGAGUAAUUCCACCUCUGGAAAGUGACCAGUCCUAUGAGACCCUCCCACUCAGGGGCCUGGGCAAGGAUGAUGGCCUCCUUGAAAAUGUGUAUGAGAGUAUCCAGGAGAUGGGGACCCUCCCACAGAGCACCUGAGCCCUCCAGCUCUGGCUGUUAGCAGGGGCACACCUCUGCAGGGCGCGGAGGCUCCUGCCUUCCCCAUCCUCAAACUAGGGGUCUCCGACUCCCCAUCUGCCUUGAACAACCCAGCACAGAGUUCAUCCUUACAAAGUAGGUAGUGCCCACCCCCCAUUCCCUGCCCCCCCCACCCCGCAAGUUGGCAGCACAAAACCCAGAUCCCAAAUCUUCUAGCCUGUGAGGUCCCUGGGGGUCCUGGCUGCCGUGGCCUCUUGGACUCUCCCAAGGUCUUAAUAAAUCUUCAGCCUAGGGAAGA